AUCUGACACUUUGUGGUUUCAUAAAAGUUUUUGUCGCGUGAUUCAAUUGAAAAGUUAAACGUGCAAACGCGAAAUGGGUGCUUUCACGACAACAUUUAUGCUUCUGACUUUAUUCACUGUGGUCUAUGGUGAUGAUGAAGCCUUGUCAUUGGAAGUGACCAUUCCAGAUGUGAUGAUAACUUUCUCAACCAUAGACCGCAUGCUUAAGGCCCUGCAAGGACCUGACACGGACGCGGUCGGCGGCGGCCAUUCAAUGGCAGAAAAUCUUUUAACGAAGGUAAAAUGGUAUCUUUAUGGCUACUUCAGUAAAUUGAUAGACAUGUACCAAAUACGAAGAAAUAUGAAGCCAAAUGUGGAAGUGGGUAGAGGAAUGAUCAAACUUCCGUUAAUCAAGUAUCCGGACAACUAUUUAGCGAGCCGUCUCAAAUAUGUACUAAAUCUCAAGAAGAAGCGAGAUGAACAAAAAGUCGGCAAAUAAAUAUUAUAAAUGGCGGGAAAGUGGUAUAGAUGUUAUUAUGAAAUCGUUAUAUUUCAUCGUCCACUGCGUUCACUGUGACAGUCCUAAAAACAAAUUUGUUUUAUUUCAUUAAACACCUAUGUCAUUACCAAUCUGUGCCCACUUCUGAACAAAGCCUCUCACACGGAGAAGGUUUGAGCAGUAAU